AUUAUACACAAACCAAAGAAACUGAGGGGAGAAAACAAAGAAUAACUUUUAAUUUUGUAAAAGAAAAAGAAAUACAAAUCACACUUCUCUCCUCUCUUCUCACCGAUUCGAUAGCUUCUCCAUGGCCACCUCCGUCGAUAACCGCCAUUACCCCCGCCUCAACCCCGCCAUAAACGGCGUCGUUCGCUCCUUCAAACCUCCUCCCAUUCCUUCUCCCCGUCACCAAAACAAGACCGUAUCCUUUCUAACCGAAAAGGUCAUCGUCAAAGAAACCAAAAACGACGCCGUGGAUGACAGUUACGACUCCAGCGACGACGAGGACGAGAGCCACAACCGUAACGUCUCGUACUACAAGGAGAUGAUACGCAAAUCCCACAGCGACGUAGAACCGUCGAUCCUGGACUCGCGAGACGAAUCCACGGCUGACAACUGGAUCCACCGUAACUCCUCUAUGGUGCGUCUCACGGGAAAACACCCCUUCAACGCCGAGCCUCCUCUCCCUCGCCUCAUGCACCACGGCUUCAUCACUCCCGUCCCUCUCCACUACGUCCGCAACCACGGCACCGUCCCAAAAGCCGACUGGUCGGAAUGGACCGUCGAGAUCACCGGACUCGUCAAGCGUCCGGCGAAGUUCACCAUGGAGCAACUUAUCUCCGAGUUCCCAAGCCGCGAGUUUCCGGUGACUCUCGUAUGCGCCGGUAACCGCCGGAAAGAGCAGAACAUGGUGAAGCAGACGAUAGGAUUCAACUGGGGCUCCGCCGGAGUGUCCACCUCUCUCUGGAAAGGUGUUCCUCUCAGUGAGAUCCUCGGUCGAUGCGGGAUAUACAGUAGGAGAGGCGGCGGGCUCAACGUCUGCUUUGAAGGAGCGGAGGAUCUUCCCGGAGGAGGCGGGUCUAAGUACGGAACGAGUAUCAAGAAAGAGAUGGCGAUGGAUCCUGCGAGAGAUAUCAUAUUAGCGUACAUGCAGAACGGCGAGCUUCUGACGCCGGAUCACGGGUUUCCGGUUCGGAUCAUCGUACCCGGUUUCAUCGGCGGUCGGAUGGUUAAAUGGUUGAAAAGAAUUAUCGUCACGCCUCAAGAAUCCGACAGUUACUAUCAUUACAAGGACAAUAGAGUUCUGCCUUCUCUUGUCGAUGCUGAACUGGCAAAUGCAGAAGCAUGGUGGUACAAGCCGGAAUACAUAAUCAACGAGCUUAAUAUAAACUCGGUAAUAACAACACCUGGUCACCAAGAGAUUUUGCCUAUUAAUGCGUUUACCACUCAGAAGCCGUACACGUUAAAAGGCUAUGCUUACUCUGGAGGAGGGAAGAAGGUAACGAGGGUGGAGGUGACUCUAGAUGGAGGAGACACAUGGAGUGUGUGUGACCUUGACCACCAAGAGAAACCAAACAAGUAUGGCAAGUUCUGGUGCUGGUGUUUCUGGUCACUUGACGUGGAGGUUCUUGAUCUCCUUAGUGCUAAAGACGUUGCGGUUCGAGCCUGGGACGAGUCUUUCAACACCCAGCCUGAUAAACUCAUCUGGAACCUCAUGGGCAUGAUGAAUAAUUGCUGGUUCAGGAUCAAAACCAAUGUGUGCAAGCCUCACAAAGGAGAGAUAGGGAUUGUUUUCGAACACCCGACCCGACCCGGAAACCAGUCGGGUGGGUGGAUGGCAAAGGAACGUCAGCUUGAGAUAUCCUCAGAGUCAAACCCUAUUUUGAAGAAGUCUGUUUCAUCACCUUUCAUGAACACAUCCGCAAAGAUGUACUCAAUGUCCGAAGUUAGAAAACACAACUCAGUUGAAUCUGCAUGGAUCAUUGUCCACGGUCACAUUUAUGACUGUACACGUUUCUUGAAAGACCACCCUGGAGGCUCAGACUCGAUCCUCAUCAACGCGGGAACUGAUUGCACAGAAGAGUUUGAAGCUAUUCAUUCAGACAAAGCCAAGAAGCUUCUUGAAGAUUACCGUAUCGGUGAACUCAUCACGACCGGCUACGACUCUUCUCCUAAUGUUUCAGUCCACGGUGGCUCGACCGCAGUUUCUUUGUUAGCACCUAUCAAAGAGUUAGCUCCUUCAAAGAACAUAGCUUUAGUCAACCCACGUGAGAAAGUCCCGGUCACACUCAUAGAGAAGACUUCUAUCUCUCAUGACGUACGUAGGUUCCGGUUCGCAUUACCAUCAGAAGAUCAGCAGCUUGGUCUACCGGUAGGGAAGCACAUCUUUCUCUGCGCCAACAUCAACGACAAACUUUGUCUUAGAGCCUAUACUCCGACCAGCACGGUCGACGCCGUUGGGCAUAUCGACUUGGUCGUCAAAGUUUACUUCAAAGACGUUCAUCCAAGAUUCCCUAACGGAGGACUCAUGUCACAGCACUUAGACUCGUUGCCCAUCGGGUCGGUUUUGAACAUCAAAGGUCCAUUAGGACACAUCGAGUACCUAGGCAAAGGCAAUUUCAUGGUCAACGGUAAACCUAAGUUUGCCAAGAAACUAGCCAUGCUUGCCGGAGGAACAGGCAUUACUCCUAUCUACCAAGUCAUUCAAUCAAUAUUGAGUGAUCCAGAGGAUGAAACCGAGAUGUUUGUGGUUUACGCAAAUCGAACCGAGGAUGAUAUUCUUGUGAGAGAAGAGCUAGAAGGAUGGGCUAAUAAGCAUAAGGACAGGCUUAAGGUUUGGUACGUUGUUGAAAUAGCAAAAGAAGGUUGGAACUAUAGCACCGGGUUUAUCACUGAGGCUGUACUUAGAGAACAUGUCCCUGAAGGUUUAGAAGGCGAAUCACUAGCCCUAGCGUGUGGACCACCGCCUAUGAUUCAGUUUGCAUUGCAGCCUAAUCUUGAGAAGAUGGGUUACAACGUGAAGGAAGAUCUCCUGAUCUUCUAAUAUUUGCAUUGGAAAUUCAAAAUUCAAUAAGAAGUAUCACUAUCGUAAAUAAAUGGUUCUUUUGAGUGUUUUUUUUAGAGUUUUUUCUAUUCCAAAUAUAAUGUAAAAAUUGUGUUUAUAUGUUUUUAUAUUCCAUAAUAUAUCAUCUCUUAUUACUACUGCCUAUUAGUUGUCUGCAGGGUUGUUAUAGUUCACAUCAAGUGCUAUUUAUUUAAUCACG